UCACCAUUUCUACGUGCCUGCUUCGGCCCCGCGUGCUUCGUGCGAAGCUUGAAGGCUUCGCGUGAAUUUGUGUGUUGAAAGAGUUGCUAAAGAAGCUUCUUCGCCUCCUUCAACGACGACUGAUCGAAAGUCACGACGGGAGCUCGCUCGCUGCAAAGAAGAAUGGGGAUCAACUCCAUAGAGCUUGCUGGCCCGCUGAAAGCUCUUCCUCCAGUGGACUUUUGUUGUGCUUAUGGUUCCUCUCUCCUUUCCAACAACACAGACAAGUCUUCUAUGGUGGACUAUAUCAUAGGGGUAGCAGACCCAGAAAAAUGGCAUGCAGAAAAUUUUGAAAGGAACAAGAUCCAUUACUCGAGGUGGAUGUCAAUUCUAGGGCCAAAAAUGAUCACUUGUGUUGCUGAUAAAAUUGGGGUUGGGGUUCACUUCAAUCCAUUUGUGGAAUGGAGAGACAAGAUAAUAAAAUAUGGUGUUGUGAGGAUGCAGGAUUUGGCACUGGAUAUAUUGACUUGGGAUAGAUUCUAUCUUAGCGGUCGUUUGCAGAAACCUGUACACGUUCUUGUUGAUAAUUGGGACAUAAGAAAGGUCAACUUAGUCAAUUUGAAAGCUGCCACUUGUGCUGCGCUUCUUCUUCUGCCUCCUGUUUUCACUGAGGAAGAUCUUUAUGUCAAAAUUUGUAGCCUUUCUUACAUGGGUGAUCUACGCAUGCAAUUUGCAGAGGACAAAGAUAAGGUUAAGAAGAUUGUCCAAGGGAGUUUCAGAACAUUCCAACUAAUGUACAAGCCUCUUUUAAAGGAGUAUGCAGCUGAAGGGUUACUGGAAUUCGGAUAUCAUCCUCAUUCCACAUUUCAACAGGACUGCGGAUUGUCUGCCACAACAUCACUCUUCUCUUCUCUUCCUUCUGCAGUACAUCGCAGGAUGUUUUGGGGAAAGCACAGGCCUGUCAUGACUGUUUGGCAGGUGAAAUACCAUCAGAAUUUUUCAUUACCUCUAGAGAGCAGGCUUCUAGCUGUGUUCUCAAAGCACUGCGGCGUAUAGUUCUGGUUUCAAGUGCGAGACAAGCAGUUUCUGGAUUGCUUGCAACUGGAGGAGUUAAUGCUGCUCGCUAUCUCAUGAGGAAGAUGUCCAAAGCGUGGAAAUCCCGGACUGCAUGAUUCCUUCAGGUUUGCUUGUUCU